UAUUUUGUUGUUAGAUGGCAUAGAUAUAUUUUGUUCGAAUUUGCAGCACGACACAUUUGGAAAUAUGAAAAUGAAGUUUUAUAGAAUUCUCGACAUUAAAUUUCAACUUAAUCGUCAUGCAAUAAAAGUGUUUCUGUGAAAAUUGAGAUUUCUGUCACUAUUUAUAUCGAAUAUGUCUUUGAAAAAAAAUCAUUUCCUAACCCAGUUUUGCCGUUUAACAUAUAACGCAUGGAAUCAUGAUGAGAUGUCAUGUUUAGAUGACAUCUGCAGAGGAAACUAAAUAUAUAUGCAUAUAUCCACACGAUUACGUUGAUGAUUUGAGUACCGUUAUUUAUGAUUAAUAAUCUUGCAGUUUAAAAUGGAUAUGGAAUUGCUAUCAAGAUAUUUGGAGACUUACUCUGGCAGAGACAAAUUGUUGAAGACAUUAUCUUAUAUGGCCAAGUUAGCCACAUUGAGUACAACGUCGAAGGAAACUGAGAAGAAGUUUAAAAUACUUAGCAGUCAAUUGAGUGCUUGCAGAGUAACGUUAAGGUUACUCGAUGAUAUACCAGUGAUUCACUAUGCUAUGUCAUAUGGCUGGGGAAAGAAGGAGCCAGAUUGGUUAUUGAGAUUGGCAGAGUUGUUGCAAAUUGGAGUCGAUAUUAUAUUUUGUCCAGUGGAACAUGUUUGUUGGGCAGCAGAACACAAACUAAUUAAUAUCAAUAUUGAAAAAUGGGAUAUUGCAUCCACAUGGUUUUGGAUCAUUUCUCUACACUUGUCAUUGAUUAAAUCCAUAAGAAAAUUAAAAAAGCUGAACAAUCGUAAAAUACAGUUUGCUGUUGCCAAACAAAGAAAUAAUGAAUUAUUAACCAGCUUUCGAAUAAUACUAGAUAUCAGUUACGCAGUAAGUUAUCUACCGCCCAGUUUACUUUGGGGAGGACAAUUAAAAACUUGGCAAGUUGGAGCUCUUGGAACUUUAUCCUCUUUAAUUAGCCUUUAUCAAGCUCUAAGCAGACUAGCCGAAAGAGGAACAUAUUCGUAAUAUAAAUAUUUUUUAUAAGAUUGCUGCAAAUUAGAAGCAGUUCUUAUAUUAAUGUAAAUACGGUCUUCCACUUUUGCACAGAUGUUGUACAAUAAUUGUGAAAAGAGAAAUAUAGCAUAAAAAUUGGAAGAAAUCAGUCCUCGUGGUAGUUAUUUCAUACACUGUAAAGUAUAAUUUUACAUAUUCCAAAGCAAUACAGUUUUGUUAACAUAAUAAAGAACAAUUUAUUAUUUUUCA